AUGGUCAUUUUCAUGAUUUUCCAAACUUACCGACGAAAACAUAGGAAGAACCUUCCCCCUGGCCCCUGGGGGUUGCCGAUAUUGGGCUGCUUACCAUAUCUUGGGAGAAAUGCUCACCUUGUACUAACCAGGUGGGCGAAAACCUACGGCGAUGUAUACAGCGUUCGUUUCGGGACGGUCCCCGUUGUUGUCUUGAACGGCUUUGGCGUUAUCAGGGAAGCGCUGGUCAAGCACGGGGCGGACGACCAGACAUGUAUUUUGGUGGAAAACUACGACAGACUACUUGAGGAAAGGCGCCACUACACCAUGCGGCUUUUUCGAAUAAUCGGGGUCGGUCGGAAAAAUCUGGAAUCCGCCAUUUUCAAACCACAGUUGGAAGUUUUGAUGAAAGAUUUAACCAACAUGGGCGGCAAGGCAACCGAUAUCUAUCCAAUUCUACGCGAUUCCGUGGCCAAUAUCACACUCGGGAUAGUUUUCGGAUUUCAUCUUGAACAUAAUGACUCUCAGUAUGAGGGUAUUCUGGAUACAGUGCACAAAAUGUUUGAGCUCAACGCAAAGUUGAGCAUAGUGAACUUUGUUCCCUUUCUGGAAAAGCUGCCAUUGCCGCGUCUUAAGCAAUUCGAUGAAGUUUCCACUCGCUUGGUCCUACAAGUAAUUGCAUGGCUCAAAGGACAGGUAAGCAAUCAUCACGAAGAUUCCAAUCACAUAAAAUCUUUUGCCGAUUCGUACAAAACUGACGUUUUGAAGUACAGAGGCCAAAAGACAAAUGAGAAAGGACCAGUGAGAAUAAAUAACAAUGAAACAGAGUUAUAUCAUCCUACACAAGCGAUUGGACAAGAAAGAAACGACAAUUUGGACACCAUAUUUUCCGAAAACCAAAUUAUUUCUGUCGCUAUCGACCUGAUUGUGGCUGGUUUUGAGACUGUUACAACAACGUUACGAUGGGGUUGUCUGUAUAUGGCAAUGUACCCUGAAAUCCAGGCAAAAGUUCAAGAAGAAAUUGACUCCAAUUUAGGAGACCGAAAUCCAAACAUCACAGACAAAGGUACACUGCCGUACACAGAGGCAACCAUCAUGGAAAUACAGCGUCUGAAUUGUGUUACUCCAUUGGCGGUUCCACAUUCUACCACUAAAGACGUGGAAUUUCGUGGCUACACCAUCCCUAAAGAUACCAUGGUACUUGUGAACCUGUGGUCUGUCAUGACGGACCCCGUAUGUUGGCCAAAUCCCGAGAAGUUUGACCCGCAGCGCCAUCUGAACGAGAGAGGAAGAACCAUACGACACGAUGUGUUCACUCCAUUUUCUCUGGGUAAACGGUCUUGCGUAGGAGCACCCCUUGCUAGAAUGGAGCUCUUCCUUUUCUUUACCUUUUUGAUGCAGAAGUUUACAUUUCGUCUCCCAAAUGGCGCUUCAGCUCCUGUUUUUGAAGAAGGCACCCUCGCAUCAACGUUAACCCCUCCUGCGCACCAGCUCUGCGUGGUUAGUAGGGGCAAGAAGACUUAA